AUGCCUGAGCGCAGGAUGAAGGCACUUCCUGUGAAUGACUGUGUCGCUGUGAUGAUGCAGCAGCAGAUGAGAGAGGCAUGUGAAGCAUGUAAGGAGUGGCGUGAAGUCGAUCGUCUCCUCCAGGGGCAGGACGCGUCACACUGCUGUUUCUACUUGAGGGAGCUGCUUGUGGAUGAAAAUUGGAACAUGAAAGGAGAAGGUUUUGGGCAGAAUGGCAUUUUCUAUGCAAUGAAAGUAGACCGUGGACUAAUGGCUGUCCGAACUCCGAAAAAGACCAUGAAAUGUGGGGAUAUCACAGGCCUCGCAGCUGCGCAGGAGGAGUCAUCCAUCAACCACAUAUCCCAGACGGUGGACAUCCAUAAGGAGAAGGUCGCCCGACGAGAGAUCGGCAUCCUGACAACAAAUAAAAACACAUCGAGGACUCAUAAGAUCAUCGCUCCGGGCAACAUUGAGCGGCCGGUGAGGUACAUCAGGAAGCCCAUCGACUACACAGUACUGGAUGAUGUGGGCCAUGGAGUAAAGUGGCUUAAAGCCAAGCAACACGGGAACAAUCAGUCAAUCAGAGGAGGAACUCUCUCCAGGACCAAUCCCCCAACACAGAAACCUCCCAGCCCACCCUUGGCAGGACGAGGCACUCUUGGACGUAACACUCCUUAUAAAACACUUGAGCCGGUGAAACCUCCAACAGUGCCCAACGAUUACAUGACGAGUCCAGCUCGCUUGGGCAGCCAACACAGUCCAGGACGCACUGCGUCUCUCAACCAGAGACCGAGAACCCACAGUGGCAGCAGCGGAGGCAGCAGCAGUCGAGAGAACAGUGGUGGCAGCAGCAUCGCUGUUCCCAUCGCCGUACCAACUCCCUCCAUUCCCAACUCAGUCCCAGUCACACCCUCAUGGGCCGCUCCCCCUGGAGCUCCUCCCCCAGCCCCUCCUCCUCCACCCCCCCUCCCUGGCCAGGGCCCACUAAUGCCAGCUGCUGCUAUAGCUGUGGCUGCUGGGCCAGGUCUCGGGCCCAUCCCCAUGUCACAGUUCGGCACGAUAUCUCGGCAGAUCUCUCGACACAGCUCCACCACUUCCUCCGUCUCCAUGGUUUCUGCCACGGGCACAUACCGCCGAGCGCCGUCCGUCUCCUCCCAGUUCUCCCUGCAGCAGCCGCACGUUAAUGGGGGCACAAACGCAAUGUCUAUGGCCCCCCCUCCUCCACCCAUGCCUCAGCUCACCCCACAGAUCCCGCUCACAGGUUUUGUGGCCAGAGUACAGGAAAACAUUGCAGAUACCCCGACUCCUCCCCCUCCCCCUCCCCCUGAUGACAUACCCAUGUUUGACGAGGCUCCGCCUCCACCGCCGCCUCCAGCAGUCGACUUUGAAGAUGAAGAGGCAGCUGUGGUGCAGUACAGUGACCCCUAUGCAGAUGGAGACCCUCAGUGGGCCCCCAAGUCCUACAUUGAGAAAGUGGUUGCCAUCUACGAAUACACCAAGGAUAAAGAUGAUGAACUGAGCUUCAUGGAAGGAGCCAUUAUCUACAUCAUCAAGAAGAAUGACGACGGCUGGUUCGAGGGCGUCUGCUGCGGCGUCACUGGUCUGUUUCCUGGAAACUACGUGGAGUCCAUCAUGCACUACGCCGACUGAAGAGAGCGGAGCUCCGAAUCACACAUCAGAUCAAGCUCAACCAAUCAGAUCUUGAGCACUGGUCUCAAUGCUUGUUCCUCACAAACGGAGAAUCAUGAAAAAACUUUACUUUGUGGUGAUGGGUGGAUGUGGGCAAACGGGAUGACCGACUAUUCAGAGGAAGUCAGUGUACAUAAAAUCAAAGUUAGCCUGUGGGUGUCUGUAGUGAAUGUCAAUACAACAUGUGAACAUGUAAAGUAGAUGAUUGUCUGCUUUUAUGACAUUUCCAACUAAAAGUCGACCAUUUAUUUGAUUUCUUUCACCUCUGCUCUCCUUUCACAUUUGUUUGGAUUAAAAAAAUCACUCAUCUUAUGAACUAAUUCAUGUUAGUGUUUUAUCUUAAAACACCACGUCAUUGCCCCAAAGUGUAUCGAAAUCUUAACAUAAAGCAUGCAUACCAAAUUGAGAUAUGUAUUGUAACCUAAACGUUAAAUUCCAUUCUGCUUUCAUCUUUUAUUAUUUGCAGUACACAUUUUUUUUAUAUAGGCAUUUGUAAUUUUUAGUUUUAUAUAUAUAUAAAAUUAUUAUAUUUGGGUAAUAAAUGCAAAGCACAGAACUUUUUUUUUUCUCUUAUUUUCCCGAAGACUCAAAUUCUCUCCUUCCAUUUUAAUUUUUUUAGUUAAUGCCACAAUGACUAAAGGAUUUGCUACAAUGAACAAAGAAUGAAUUCUGUGUAGAUAGCUUUGAUAUUUAGUCUGUAAAGUAUCUAAAGGUCUCUAAUCAAUACAAAUCACAGUUCUUACAAUGCUGGACUCAUUUCUUUAGAUUACCAAUACUGUGGUUGGCGCAUUGAACAAUGAACUGAGGAGCAUCACAAUCACAGUCUGAGAUCUGAACUAGUUACUCAACUUGGGUCUGGCAUUAAUUCCUCCUUUUUAAAGUUUUCAUCUAUUUUCAUUCUCUGAGUUGUUUUAGGAGUCAUACUGUCUGACGACUGAUUACAGAGAUGUCAUGAAUCUACAUCUGACCGUUCUCAGUCAUUUCAGGUGUUCAAAGCUAAUGCCUUCAGACUUUUUUUGUCAUACUGAAACAUUUGAAGUGUUCCAACUGAACUCCAUCUGCGCUGAAGCUCGACUCGGCUCAGAAGUUGUAUUUAUAAUAUGUUAAUUGAAAUUUAAUUGUACAGUCUUUUAUAAUAAAUCAUUCUAUGUAAAA